GUUUCCUGGAGGACAGGAGUCGCUGUGAUUUCUUCCUGGUUCCUGCAGCACUUUGUUUUGUUUGGGUGGAUCAGCGCACAGCUCAGCAUGACAGAAACUCUCACUCUGCAGCUGUAGUCACCUUUUUCCUCCACUUUUAAACACCUUGUUACCUGAGAAUAUGUCGUCUGCUGAAGUUUUCACCCCACAGCCUGACUCGGUGAAGACGGACUAGUGAGUUCUCCGUGAUUUCAUCCUGACCUGAGACACCUGUUGCUCCAGUUUCGACACACAGGUGCCACAAAGGGAGCAGCUCCGGGUCGGGGAACACUGUACACUUGAGUUAAUAUCUGAACUGUCUCUGAAGCUAUUGUAGAUUACAGUUAAUAUGAAAGUGACGGUAACUUUCGGGGAUACUGCCGUGGUGGUUCCCUGUAAAGCUGGAUGGACAGUCCGGGAUUUAAUCGAUCAGGCGACAAGGAGAUACCGCAGGAUCGUGGAGAAGGAUGGGGGGACUGCAGUGAAGACCCACCACUUGGAGUACAUGGACGGAGGGAUUCUAGACAUGGACGACAUGCUGAGUGAUCUGGUGGAGGACAGAGACAGGUUGGUGGCGAUGUUCGAUGAAGUCCAGCGCAGCAGGAUGGACAGUCCCAGAGAGAGCAUGUCCAACGGCUUCUCCAGCGCCACCGCCAGCCCCGAGCCCAUCACCUACUAUCCACACCUGGAGUACCUGGAGCCGGACAGAGGGGAGAUCGAAGUCAACGAGGCCAGUCUCAAAGCAAACACACCUCUGCUGGUGAGGAGCAGCAGUGACUCAGCCUUGGCCCCGCCCCUUAAGGUUAAAGCCGCGCCCCCAAUUGGUGACAUCAGAAAUGGGUCUCCUGAACCGGAAGUCCACCAUGUUUUGAAAGGAGCGUUGGAGCGACUUCGCACAGAAGAGCUGCCUGCUCAUUUUCUGCCCCCUCACAAGAUGACCCAAGUGAACUACAGUACCAUGACCAGGAUCGUGGAGUUUCCAGGUGACUGGGGCCCUCUGGGUAUCCACGUCGUCCCCUACUGCUCCUCUCUGAGUGGACGGACCCUGGGCCUCCACAUUAAAGGCAUCGAGGAAAACAGCCGUGCCAAGAAGGAGGGGCUCUUUAAGGAGGACGAGUGCAUCGUUCAGAUCAAUGACACACCACUGCAGGACAAGACCUUUGUACAGUCUCAGGAAGUCUUCCGCCAGGCCAUGGGCACCCCUGCCGUGCGUCUCGAAGUCCUGCCAGAGGCCAACAAACCUCGCUACGAGAAGAGCCUGAUCGGUCAGCUCUUCGACGGCAAGGAGCCCGUCGCCAAAGUAAAAAGUCCGGUCUUAGUCCGAGCUCGAGCAGACACCCAACAGGAGCCCAGACAAGAACCCAGACUAGAACCAAGACAGGAACCAAGACAGGAACCAAAGCCGAACACCAGACUAGAAGUGAGGCAGCCUGAACCACGAGGGAGGACCCCUGAGCCACCUGCUGCACCGCCUGUGGUGAUCCAUCCCGGCCCCUUAGAGAGGGUCUCUCCUACACCUCCAGCCGGGGCUGGACGUUUCUCCCCGUCUCCAAACCCAGGCAACCAGAGUCCGCUGACCAGUAAGAGUCCUGUCCCGCCCAGCCUGGCCAACCUUACCAACAAGAAGGGAGGGAAGAGGCUCAAGAUCGACCUGAAGAAAGGCACAGAGGGUCUUGGCUUCACUGUGGUGACCCGGGACUCGUCCGUCCACGGCCCAGGGCCAAUCCUGGUGAAGAACAUCCUGCAGCGUGGUGCAGCAAUCAAAGAUGGACGCCUGCUGCCUGGAGACCGCAUCCUGGAGGUGAAUGGAGUCGACAUGACAGGCCGCAGCCAGGAGGAGCUGGUGGCCAUGCUGCGCAGCACCAAACAGGGAGAGAGCGUGUCUGUGGUGGUGGCGCGGCAGGAGGACAUCUUCCUGCCUCGGGAGCUGAAAGGCGAGGAGGCGGGCAGCCUGGUGUACGAGGACGGGAGGGAGCAGCUCAUGUACGAGGUCCCGCUGAACGAAUCCGGUUCUGCCGGCCUCGGGGUGAGCCUAAAGGGGAACAAGUCCAGAGAGACCGGGGAGGACUUGGGGAUCUUCAUCAAGUCCAUCAUCCACGGAGGAGCUGCUUACAAGGACGGUCGCUUGAGUGUGAACGAUCAGCUCAUCGCAGUAAACGGCGAGUCCCUGCUCGGACGCUCCAACCACGCCGCCAUGGAGACUCUGAGACGCUCCAUGUCGUCGGAGGGAAACAGCCGAGGCACCAUCCAGCUCGUGGUGCUGCGAGCUCCCCGACAGAGUGGAAGUGCCAGCCCGGCACCGAGCACAUCCACAAACGGACUCCAACCAUACAGCCAAACAUCCUCCAGCAAUCAGGAGCCUUGGGGCCACAAUGCUGCAUACCAGGGCCCCCCAGGACCCUCCAGACCCCCGAACACAGAGCGCACCAUGAACGGUCCGAGCCCCACUCCGAUGGCGACCAACAGCUACGCGUACAGAGACACUGCAAGUGCCGGGUAUCCUGCUGCGACCACCAACGGCAGCUACGGCCACUACGGCUACGAGGACGACGAGCUGGAGCAGAGCUUCCCCCCGCCUCCCUCCCCUGACACUGUGGAGAAAAUGAACAGAGACUCCCCGAGACCUCUUUCUCAACACAGCGACUUCCAGAAGCAGCCGCACGCCAACACAGCUUUCUACGCCGAGAGGGACAACUACCCUCGCAACAGGGCGUCCAAGAGCAUGGACCUGGUGGCUGAUGAGAGCAACAUGGGCUCACUGGCUGGGCCGAGGAACGAGCCUUCAGCUGGAGGAGCUCUAGGUCCAACCCUGGGCCUCAUGAAGUCCAGCUCCCUGGAGAGCCUCCAGACGGCCGUGUCGGAAGCCGAGCAGAGCCACAACAAAGCCCGGGUGCCUUUCCACCGCCCGCGGCCCAACAUGGUGCGAGGCCGCGGGUGCAACCAGAGCUUCCGCAUCGCCAUCGACAAAUCCUACGACGGACCUUCUGAGGACGACGACGACAUGUCAGAGCAGAGCUCCGGCCAGGAAACGCCGGCCAGCAGCUCCUCCCGCCAAGGCCUGGACGUAGACGACGGAAACAAGAAGAAGAAGAAAACCAAAGACAAGAAAGUGAAGAAGCCUAAAGGGAAGAACUCUGGGGAGGAUCUGGAGAAGAAGACCAAAAAGAAGGGAUUCAACCUCUUAAGGUUUGGAAAGAAGAAAGACGACAAGAGCAAAGACGCCAAAGCUGCCAAGAACAAACUGGAGGCUCUGAGUGAAGAGGAGCUGGACAGGAUCCCUGAGAGCAACAGCUAUGAUCCACGUUACGCCGAGAUCCACGCAGGCCACCUCAACCCCGACCCCAACUCCUUCCCCGAUGUCGAAGACGACGAGAGCGACCCCAACUACGCCCGCAUCAACAACUUCCGCCAGGCGCCAUCACCUCAGUCGUUUAUCAGUCGCACACCCUCUCCUGCGAUGCUGACAGGAGGUUCUAACCCGCUCCGGGCGUCAUCGGAGGAGCUGGACCAGCUCUACGCCAAGGUCAACAAGCCCAGACCUCAGCCUGCUCAACAGAACCUGCUGCAAACGCAGGGGGACAGUGAUCCACGUCUCCAGGGGUUGCGUCGGGAGCACCAGCAGGCCCGAGCUGCUCCAGGCUACGAUGAGCUAGAAUCAGCCCGACGCAGAGUCCUGGACUACGACCCAAACCGGGUGGCCCCCAGAGGAGCUGAAUCCCGCCCUGCGAGAGUCUACGAAGAGGUUGACCGUCAGUACCCCACACAGCCCAGGAGGGAUCCAUAUGACUACCCCACACACUCCAGACCGGCCCCUCUAUACCAGGAAGUCUCCAGCCGUGUCCCCCAGCAGGUCCCGAACAACGCUCGGUACAACCCUUCCUCUCCACUGCCGGGCCAGCAGCAGUAUCGUGCCGCAGUGAGGCAGGACAUCCCGCCUUCUCCCUCAGCCGGCCGCAGAGGGCGACAGUACUACGAGGCCGUCGGAGGGCGAGGAGGAGCAGACGGGUACCGGCAGCCCAGCCCGGGGCGCUACAUCAGCCCGGACAGGAACCGCGGGAACAGCCCGGACUUCGGCUAUGCAGACGAACGACAGCCUGACCCUCGGCGGAAGAACCCGAUGAUAGGUGCUGUUUGAGGUAGUCAGCCAGUCACACACAGAGUAGAAAUAAGCCAAAUUCAUGCAUUUUGAGUUCGUUCAGCCGUCACCCGGCGGCCUUUGUGUUAAUUUAUCUGAUCAGGACGUCAUAAGUCGCACGCUGAGAGGCUGAACGAGGCUCGUUGCAGAGGUAAGAGGAGAUUUAACAAGUCUGGAGACUUGUGUGUACAGAAACAAACAGCUGCCUGUGUAUAUUUGCUAGUGUUCCAAUGUUUAUAACAACAGGCUCUUAUUUUGAAUGGAUUUUAUAUUGUAGAAAUGAUAUUAAAUAAAGGGCGAUCAUUCUAUAUCUCUAUGAACUUAAUUUAAACCUGUAUAGAUCAACUUUGUUCCAGCAGGCAGGGCAGGAAGGCAGCGCACAAGCUGAUCAAACUAGAGGAAGUGUAGAGGGAUCACCUUGACCAGCCGGCGUCCACAAACAGGAAGAGGAAGUAACACCCUUCAAAGUAUCUUCUGGUGCUUGAUGUUUUUGUCGGUUGGACUUCCUCUACAUCCUGCAGGCUCUCUGUUGUUUUUUGUAUUUUUGCCUUUGAUUAUUCGGAUGAUGGAUUUAUGUAUAUGUGUUAAAAGUGUAAAUCAAUAACUGUGUAAAGAUGGACGACGCGUCAGAGCCUCAGGUUGUGGAAAAGUGAAGCCAAAAUGUCCCCGUAAUGCAGUAGCAAUCAGCUAAUGGACAACCUGACCAAACACCAGACUUAUGCUCCGAUAAUCCGGUGCACAGAGCGCUGCAGGAGCCUCAUUGGUAAACAGAGCUGUCAAUCAUGAUCUCACUGGCCCUCCUUUUUAAGGUAAAAUAAGUUAGAACUAACAUUAUCCAAAAUAAGAUGGAUGAACUUGAUUUAAAGUCUUGUUUGCAAUCUUUUAACAUGUAGGAGGCGGAGCUUAAUGACCCACUCUGCAGCCAGCCAGCAGCUCCAAAUAUUGGCUUCACUUCCCAGGAGCUGUUAGGUGGUCCAUCUUUUCGUACACCCUGUGGUAUGAAUGCAAAGAUAAUUAGUCUAUAAGUGAUGUUUUUGUUGUCUCUCCAAUGAAAUGUAUACAUCUUGAUCCAAAAACAAGCAACACAACCAAUAAAACAGCACACAUAACCAUUUUAACCUUAACAUAUGAUUAGUAAACAUCACUGCACUGAAAUUAAUUACCUGGAGGUUUGAUUCAACACGCUGUCAGACGGGAGCGUGACUUUUAUACAAAUAUUUUGCAUUAAACGUUUUUGAAACCGUC